UUUUCAGAAAAUGGGCUGUCUGUAAACUUUACCCGGGAAACUAGAAGUGAAUCAAGAGAAGGCCAGCGGAAACAUAAAACCUGAAACAUGCAGGAAACCAGUCAGACCAUUGAUCCCGCCCCUUCAACUACCACGCCCCCUCUACCAACCCCUGCCACGCCCCUUGGUGAGGAGGAGGCGGGGGAGGAGGAGACUAGAGAGGUGGAAGACUUAUGUCCCACCCACCUUAGCUCAGGAUAUGCUAGCUCUGACAGCAGUGGGGCUGGGGCGGGACAGGCGGCCACGCCUCUUCCUGCUGGAGAUACUACACCACGCCCUAUUCAGUCUGAUCCCCAGCAAUCUGCCUUUAGGCCCGCCCUACCGGCACAGAUGUAUCAGGCAGUAGAAUCCCAACCAGAUUACCAGUACAGAAAUGGUGGUAUGGGAGGUAUGAGUGGUAUGGGAGGAUUGGGAAAUAUGGGAGGUAUGGGAGGCUGGGAUACUGGAGAAGUUGGGUUUCUUGUUCCUCAACAUAUUCAACCACAUCAGCAGAUGCAUCAACCUAUACCUAGGCGUCCUAUUACAGGGAACAGUUACAGUCACGCCCCCACCUAUCCUCGGCCCACCCACUACCAAACCUCACCAGCUCCUGGCCCACCCCCUCAACCCCAGUUUAUCAAUAAUAAACCAUACGCAUCCAGUUGGGGCAGCCCCAGUUGGUCGGGGUCAGGCCCACCUCCUGCUCCGCCUCCGAUUUCAAUGACUCCACCUCCAAUUUCUUGGGGACAGCCUCCUGGACAGGCCAGGCGUCCACCUUGUAUGGGAGGUGGCGGAGGGCGGAACAAACCUUUUGGGAACCUAGGAUACGGCGGACAACAGGGAGGCGGAGCUUCUAAGCCACGUAGUAAGAAUUAUCCGUUUCCAGCCAGAGCAACCACAAUAGAAGGAGGAGAGGAUAUGUACAGUGGUCGGAUGGAUGGCCCCCUGGAUAGUAUGCGUUCAAUGGAGCAAUAUCUUCCUGAGGUUGGACAUAGAAACUACUCAGAUCAUAAGGGAGAGGAGGGACUGAUGAGUGAAAGUGGGAGUUCUGGAUUCUAUUCCUCCAGGUCUUCACCCAGAUCACAUCCUGCUCUGGGUCCUCAGUAUGAACCUAAUCCUGGAGAAAGGUUCUCAAGGAAGGUUUUUGUGGGAGGACUCCCACCUGAUAUAGAUGAAGGUAAUUACAACUAUUUUUUUAGAAUAUUCCCUCAAAUAUUUUCGAAAAGAAACUGAACACCUGCCUCAAAC